CAAGGAUUUUCUUCGAAACGACCAGCCUGAGAUCCAGGUUCAAUCCGUGGGCAAACAUCAUUCUGGCUACACGAGGUUCGAUCUUGAGCAUGGCAAGACGAACUGUGAGAUUUCUGAUUCGGCAAAAGUACGAUCGCAGCACUUAGCAUGCUGAUAAUUCGCCGGUAAAUGAAUCAUUCUGCUCGUUCGGGACAGGCCGUCUGAUAGCUUUGUCGGUGUCGAGCACCAACAUUUGCCUUUCUGGGCGACGCAGGGUGACCGAGGAUGGUGAACUUCACGUUCGUACCCCACAAAGGGGCCCGACCGGAGAGAUCGGGGCUUGUCAAGUCGCAUGUUAUGCGCGAGUCCCAAAGGAGGAGAAGAGAAGCGAAGCAACGGCGCCACCAGAAUCUAUCCACUUCAGGACCUUCGGAGCCCCAGACGGCAACUACUCGGGACGACGAAAACUCCCAACUGGGCCUUCAUCCCCAGUCAUCCUUACUCUUACGUGCAAUACCCUCUAGCGAGGCUCCCCAUGACAAUACGAAUGAGUACCCCGCCCUUAUCAACGGCACUGACGGUGCCGUACCUUGGCCUCCGCCUUCAAAUCCCUUAUCCGGUUCUGAGACCAAUCCCUUGCAUGGGACGCAAGAGUCUACAGUUGGCAUUGAAUAUAGCAUACUCUCGAAUAAUCGGUUGCAGGCAUCUAGCCGUUGGCCUUUCAGUGGCGACUUCCCAUCAAAUCCCGUCCGCGAUUAUUCGGCCUUCGUUCAAACGAACCUCAGAAGCUCCUUCGACAGCAAUGGCAAUUUCUGGCACAACCUAUCUCCCGUUCUGACGCAGCAGCCCCGUCUUCUGUACCCCGCAUAUCAGAAUGCAAACAGCCCUUCCGAUGCCUCCUGGGUGUCAGAGAGCUUGUUCAAUCGAAUGACUGAGCUGGUCUCACACUAUACCUCAAGUCUCUACAUAGAGCGACCCGGUCUUCCUCCUGUCAACCCCGUUAUCUAUUGGCAGAGAUUAUCCCUCGUCAACUCGAAGGUCCUGCUGAGCACCGCUCUCUUCUACUGCGCAUAUCGAGAUACUGUUCGAGACAUGGCUGGAAAUGACCAUGUUUACUUCAAGCACCGCAUCCUGAACCUCAUUAACACGGCACUCAAGAAUCCCGAGACUGCAGUUUGCGAUGAUAACAUUGCAGCGGUCAUAUCUAUGUGUAUGUACGAAAACCUUCGCGGGAGCGAUCUCAUCGGCAUGCACCUACGAGGCCUACGACAGAUGCUCGAUACGCGUGGAGGAAUCAACAGUUUCCACUCGGAUCAAGGACAACAUAUUAGCGAGAUGGCACUUCUCCAGGAUAUGAUGCACGCAUCAUGCUCUAACGUGCCUCCCAUGAUGUUUGACAUCACGGACCCGAUCCUCCGGGACAUGCGACCGAUCAGCCUCGAGAACUGGUAUCCACAGUCGCCGCUACGCGUUUUGAACGACGCCGGAUUUGCCAGGCCGAUACCAGAGCUGCGGUUUAGCUUCGAAAUCCUCAAGGACGCGUUUGAUGCUUUCGAGAUGCUGUGUGUAGAGGCCUUCGAUCCAGACACCGCCUCGGAAGAGGCCCCUCUCUUCAAGGUCCGCCGAGAGAAGUACUGGAUGCGUCUGACCAGUAGAGAGGAUGACAGUCCCAGCGAACAUAUACCCUCUUCAACAGGCGGCAAAAUAGAAAAGGCAAUUCACCUAGCGGCGAAGAUACACUUUCGAGCUGUCGCAUCUCGGAUACAGCAUGAUGAUGAAGCGAAUGCCGGGGACAUGAAGAGGCUCCACGCUAUCAUACGGAAGAUCGAUCUUGGGUUCUGGAAGGUGGCACACUAUGUAUAUCUGUGGAUCCUACUAACCGGCGGCGCAGCCUCGAGCAAGCACCCGCGGUAUCGGUCACACUUUGUCAGCGAGAUUCUGCGUCUUGGGCUAAGUAUUGGCCUUUUCGAUUGGCGGUCCUUUCGGUUGACGCUGGGCAAUUUUCUCUGGCUGCAGCAGUAUUUGCGAAGGCACAAGCCGGGAGGCCCGAUAGAAGGAGAAUGA